GAAGAAGGGAAGAGGGCUGGCGGGGUUGAGAAGAUUAUGACGACAUAAGACGCCUAGGCAGACAGUUCGUAGCAUAGCAGCGCUUAGAAAUGUGACCACAUUCAAAAUUCAGUAUUUCAGUGUUGCUAGUUGUUAUGCUGUUAGACAUACGGCUGCACAUGAUCUUAAGUGGGUAGAGUACCGGAAGAUAUACGUCCGUCACCAGGUUUUUAAUGAAAAGCCAUUAUGGAGGCAGUGAACGCGUUCAACAUGGAGUUGUUCUCCAUGAUUGACUUGAAGCCUCCAAUAUCCCGUGCUAAGAUGAUGUCGGUAACAAAAUCAGCCAUCAAAGCGAUCAAGCUUUACAAGCAUGUUGUCCAGAUUGUUGAAAAGUUCAUCAAGAAAUGCAAACCAGAAUUGAAAGUCCCUGGUUUGUAUGUUGUUGAUUCCAUUGUUCGACAGUCUCGCCACCAGUUUGGUGUUGAUAAGGAUGUAUUUGGGCCCAGAUUCUUGAAGAACUUCACAGAUACCUUUCAAAACCUUUUCCACUGCCCAGAAGACGAUAAGAGCAAAAUUGUCCGUGUUCUGAACCUGUGGCAGAAGAACGGUGUGUUUGACAUGGACAUCAUUCAGCCUCUGAUGGAUAUGGCCAAUGAUGCCAUUGUACCCCCCACCGCAAAGGAAGUCCCUGCUGAUCCCCAACCAGAGAUGCAGCCUUCUGUCACUAGUGCCUCAGUUGUGUCUGCUGUGCCCCAGCUGCCCAGUCCUGAUACUUUAGCUGCUGUGGCACAGCUGUUUCAAUCUCCCCAUGCUCAGGAGUUGCAGAGGAUGCUCCAGAACCUUCAGCAGGCUGAUAACACCCUGACAACCACCACUGUAAACCACGUACAGAAUCCACCCCAGCUCCCUGUGGCCCAACUCAACCCAUAUAGUGCCCACACAGAAAAGAAAAGCUCUUUAGCUGAGAAACUCCUUGACCGAUUUGACUACGAUGAUGAACCUGAUGAUGUAAUGGCUAAAGAAGGAAGUGCCCAGUCACAAAACAUUCCUGAAAAUGUGUUUAACCAGUUUCCUGGUCUGAUGCCCGGCACAGAGGAUGUCGAGCCAUAUAUGAUGGGGCAAACUGGGGGUGUAGAGCACGGUGGUGGAAGGAGUCUUGUUGACCAUCUUAUGAUGCCAGGUGGAUACCACUCCAUAAAUGAGACUUAUUUACAUUUACAGAUGAAUUCAAGAGAAGACUUGGCUAUGAGAUGGGAGGACAGACACGGAGGUUAUGUCAGAAGAUCAAGAUCAAAAUCUGGUUCCAGAUCUCCCAGGAGAAGAAGAUCAAGAUCUUCAUCCCAUUCAAGAAGGUCAAGGCUUCGACGUUCUCACUCUAGAGAACGGCGCUGGAGAUCUCGCUCUCGUUCUCAGGACAGGAGUGAAAGAGAGAAGGACAGAGAGCGCAGACAGAAAGGUCUUCCCAGCAUAAAGAGCCAGACACUCAGUGUUUGCAGCACUACGCUAUGGGUUGGACAGCUAGACAAGAAAACUCAGCAGUCUGAUGUGAUGUCCCUUUUGGAAGAGUUUGGACAGAUUGAGUCCAUCAAUAUGAUUCCUCCAAGGGGUUGUGCCUAUAUUGUAAUGGUUCACAGACAAGAUGCCUAUACGGCUUUGAACAAGCUCAGUAAGGGGUCAUACAAAGUCAAUCAGAAACCAGUAAAGAUUGCUUGGGCUUUGAACAAAGGGAUAAAACCGGUGCAUAAAAAGUUCUGGGAUGUGGAGCGGGGAGUUUCCUACAUUCCCUGGAGCAAAGUCAAAUUUGAGGAGUUGGAGAGCUAUCGGGAAGGGGGUAUGCUAGACAUGGACACACUAAAUCCAGAGUGGAAUAAUGCUAAGGACCUCAAUAAGCAGGCAGCUCUAAAUGGAGUGUUGGAAAGUGUACCAGCAGAAGGAACGGUGACUGCUCACAUUCAGGUGUCACCGGCUCAACAGGCACCACCUAUUGGAAGUCCACCUGGUUUUCAUGGGCCCAUCAUGCUGUCCCCUACAACCAUGCCUCCAGGAGGACCCACUUUCAUCCCCACAGAGUUUGGCCCUAUGAAGUUGGCACCUGCAGGAAGUAUAAAACCUCGAGAGGAGUCCAGCAAGGAUUCUAAUGGAGACAAAGGUACAGCAUCAGAUGCAGGCAGUGACAACCAGCUGGGGUCUCCUCCAGCAUCAUCGAUGGCCCUGCCAGGCUCGGCAAUCAUGCAGGGUCCGAGGCUAGGUAUGCCGCGUCUGCAUCCUCCCGGCAUGGCAAGCCCUCCUCUAUCUCCAUUCAUGGCACCUACAAACAUGCCACCCAUGCCCCCACAAAUGAUGUUUCCACCAGACAGGUUUAGAAUGCCCAUGCCCUUCCCCCUUCGUGGCCCUCCAUUCCUUCGACAUCCUUCUAUGGCACCAGAGGGGAUGGAUGGCAUGGAAGGGAGGCAGUUCGCAAAUGGGAGGCCAGGGUUUGGGUGCUCACCUUUCCACAGGGGCAGGUGGUAGAGGUUGGUUUGGAACUGAGGGGGAGGGCAUUAUCUAGUUCUACAUUGAUUGCUGUUAACAGUUUUGGGGGUUAUAAACGUGUGUUCAGACUUUAUUUUACAUCACCAGAACCUUUUCUUAGUGAAAAUAAAAAACGACAUUUCUUCUGAAUGCUGGCUGGGCUUCCUCAAGGUUACUAGAGAAGAGACUCCUGCUGUAAAUACUGUAUGUGCUUGUAGAUGUUUGCUAUCUUUUUGUAUAUUUGAAGCUGUGUAGUUUAUGCGCAAGUCUGCAGUCCUGCUAGUUGGAGGUUUAAAAAGACCAUGUCUGUAUUUUGAGCUUAUUCCUCACUAGAGUUUUUGUGUAUGGAUAAAGACUGUAAAAAAUCUACAGUCCCUUACCUUUUUGGUAUUCUGUUUUUAGUAAAAUGCCUUUGUACCACACUAAUGUUUCAGUUUUCAGCAGAGAUGUUGAAUUUCCUUUAAAGCAGAAGAUUUCAUGUCAUGCCAGUAGGGGGUAGAGUAAACCCUGUUACCAUGACCAACCUCUGUUGUCACAGCUUGUAAAAUCAUGUACAUUGAAUAUUAAAAGGAGAUAUUAUCAUUUGA